GUUGCUAUGGCAGCGUGAUUCGGAGCUUUCCGGAAGUGACGCAGGACACUUCCGUUCCCACAGCAGCAACAUUUCCGGGUUCGAAGACUAGUGGCGACGUUUUCUAGAGAUAAUGUUUAGAAUGAAGAAAUAAACCACUGCUGUCAAUUUGUCCUAAAGGAUAGAAUGGACCGAAAAUCAAGCAAAUUUGAAACCCACACCGCAGCUCUUAACAAAAAAAAGAAACGGUCUUGUACACGUAAGGAAGAAGCCUGCAAACAUGCCCAUGAACAUGUCAGAGCCUCCUGUCUGGCGAGCGACGCCCCUCAAGCAACUAAGCAGGAGAAGAGGAGAAAGCGUUUCCAGCACUUCACUUCCUCUCACACCUUCGAUGGAACUGAGAAAGCCACUUCUACUCACAAAAAGAAUAAAAACCGGAGAGACAGUGUUAAUGUGUGGGGGGUAGAUGAGCACACAAGUGUCGUGCACGUCCUUGUGAAUAAAGAAAACAUUGAGAACCUGCCAAAGAAUUUUAGAAAGAAUGUGGAUGUGGUUUAUGUGGAUAUGAGGCAGGAGCAAAAGGCAGCCAGAGCAGAGGAGCUGCCUGCCGACACUGAGUCCUGUAAACAAGUCCCCGAGUCCCAUAAACAUGUCUCACAAGAACUGCACAGUAAAAUUAGGGACAGAAGGAGUAAAAAGCAUCGGAGGAAAGUUGCAUCCUGGGAUGCCGCACAGGAGAGCCAGCACGGGAGCAUUGCCCCGUCACAGUUACACGUGCAGAAACCCUCGCCUUCCGUGGAGGUAGAAGACAAAGUCCCAGAAUCACCAGCGUCUGCAGGUAAACACAAAUCUAAGAAAAAAAAGAAAAAAGUGUCCAGGAACCAAGAAUUAGAGGCCACACCUGAGAGUCUUGAUGACACAGACCCUGGAAAGGUUAGGACUGGAGGAGAAGACCAUGAGGUACUUAACAGGGCCGAGGGAUCCAGUAUUAUAAAGAAAAAGUCUAAGAAGAGGAAGCGUGCAUCUGUCAGAACCACCACCCCUGGUGAUGACAUUUCAGUGCCUGAUAAUGCUGUAGAGAGUGCACCCUCUCAUACACCCCAAGACCAUGAUAUCUCGGUGGAAGAAGUGUGUCCCAGGCCAAAGAAGGUGAAGACCCAGCACUGUUUGGGAGAGAAGACUACGGAAGAGAUGCAGAGGUUAGAACCUACAAAUGAAGAAGGAAGCAAUUUGGAAUCAGCUAGAGAUUCUGCAGCAAGAUACUUAUCUGAAGAUGGGAGAGAUUCGGAUGAGUCCGAUGUAGAUUUGGGCACAGCAGUGAGGCAGCUGCAAGAGUUUAUCCCUGACAUCAAGGAAAGGGCACCCACCACAAUUAAGCGAAUGUAUCGGGAUGACCUGGGGCGGUUCAAAGAAUUUAAAGCACAAGGUGUUGCUAUUAGAUUUGGCAAGUUUUCUGUCAAGGAAAAUAAGCAGAUAGAGAAAAAUGUGCAAGAAUUCCUGUCCUUGACAGGGAUUGAGAACGCAGACAAGCUGCUUUACACAGACAGAUACCCCGAGGAAAAGUCUGUGAUCACCAACUUAAAACGAAAACACGCAUUCAGAAUACACAUUGGGAAAGGUAUUGCCCGGCCCUGGAAGCUUGUGUAUUAUCGGGCGAAGAAGAUAUUUGAUGUGAAUAAUUACAAAGGCAGGUACAGUGAAGGAGAUACUGAGAAAUUGAAGACAUACCAGUCCCUCCAUGGCAAUGACUGGAAAAAGAUUGGGGCAAUGGUUGCCCGAAGCAGCCUCUCAGUUGCCCUGAAGUUUUCCCAGAUUGGCAGUCAAAUAAACCAUGGUGCUUGGAGUAAGGUGGAAACCCAGAAACUAAUCAAGGCUGUAGAAGAAGUAAUUCUGAAGAAAAUGUCUCCCCAGGAGUUGAAAGAAUUGGAUUCCAAGCUGCAAGAGCAUCCUGAAAGUCGCCAGUCAGUUGUCCGGGAGAAAUUGUACAAGGGCAUAUCAUGGGUUGAAGUGGAAGCCAAAGUGGAGACCAGAAACUGGAUGCAGUGCAAAAGUAAGUGGACAGAAAUCCUGACCAAGAGAAUGACUCACGGUGGGUUUGUGUACCGUGGAGUCACUGCUCUGCAGGCCAAAAUCAGCCUCAUUGAGAGACUGUAUGAAUUAAAUGUGGAAGAUGCUAAUGAAAUCGAUUGGGAAGAUCUUGCUAGUGCCGUAGGUGAUGUUCCUCCAUCUUACGUUCAAACCAAAUUUUAUAAGCUGAAAGCUGCUUGUGUUCCCUUUUGGCAGAAGAAGACUUUCCCAGAGAUUAUUGACUACUUGUAUGAGACCAGUCUUCCUUUGCUUAAAGAAAAGUUAAACAAGAAAAUGGAGAAACAAGGCACACAAGUCCAGGCACCCUCAGCACCUAAACAGGACUUCUUAUUUAAAGAUAUCUUUCACUGUGACGACGACAGUGAGGGAGAAGACAUAGAAGACCACAGCUGAGCAGAGCUCAGAUGUGCGGUCUCAGUAUGGAUAAGUGUCCGAUGGGCAUGUGGAUCUGCUCUUCCCUCAGGCUGGUUUCUGUGACUCUCACUGUACACAUCUCGUCUCUUGAGUAGGCUGCCAGUGGUCAUAAAUCACACCUCUCACAUGAGGUAUCCUCUUGAAGAAAGUCACUGAAUUUACAUGGUAUUGAUCUGGUUGUUUUGUGUUGCUUAUAUAAAAACUGGUCCUUAGGCUUUUUGGAAGAGGCUGAAGGCUCAGAUACAACUCCUCUUGGAGUCUCAAAAACCAUCUGAACUCUGGGCAUGGUAGUGCACGCCUUUAAUCCCAACACUCAAGAGGCAGAGGUAGAAGGAUCGCUGUGAGUUCAAGGCCACCCUGAGACUACUACAUAGUAAAUUCCAGGUCAGCCUAGGCUAGAGUGAGACCCUACCUCAAAAAACCUCCCCCCCAAGAGAAGUGAAAGAUGCAAUCUUUGAUCAGAAAUGCAGAACCACUGUAGAUCUUUCAAAUGAGAGAAUUUACUACAGGGAUUUAGGUAACCAAAAAAAAAAAAAAAUCUAUAAUCCCAACUCAGGAGCCAGAGGCAGUACAGUUUCAGAUUCAA